CGAUUUUCGACAUCUAUCACCAUUACUGUUUGUGGCUGGUACUCUUGAUGCAGGAACGAACCAAUUGCAUGGAAUUGCUCUCUUAUCUUUGUCAGCCGUAAACGAAAGCCGACAGUUCUGGUUUAAGGUGUGUGAAAAUGCCGGAUACUAAGGCAAUUGCACAGCUGACAAUCACAACGUGAGCGGUUGUUCGUUUCGCGGAUCAUCCGGGGGAUAAUGAUUACAGAACAGACCUGGAGCAUGAUGCUGGACAGUGAUGUCACGGGCAUCAAUGAGUUGAGUAUUUCCCCGAGGAAACAAUUAUGGAUCAAGGCUGUGAAGAAACUAACUUCGGAGAGGCUGGGACGGGAGGGAUUGGCAGCAUGGGAGGACCGGAAGUCCAACAACGAUCCGGAACUUCCAGAGAUCAACGAAAUGCCCGAGCUAAUCGAGGAUGCAGAAAUUUCUACCGAUCCGGAUGUGGUUCUUGCUGAACAGCCUGUUGACGCUGAAGCUCAAACACAGCGAGAUGUUUUCAAGAAAGGUGUGCUUUACAAGGGGAUAUUUUGUCCGUCGCUGUCGAACAGUUUCCACAGCAAACAACUCGAGACGUCGUAUCUCCAUUACUCGAAUCGUCAACGGCAGAAAUCACUGAUUAUGCUCAAUAUCGUUGAUCUUAGCUUAAAGAUUAUUCUUAUGACGAUAUGGCUGUGUAAAAGGGACGAAAACAGCGGUGGUUUGAUCGAGUCUUUGUCCUGGGCGUCAUGUUGUAUGGCGGCGAACUUGGUGGUUUGCAUUCUCGGCUGGUGGCGGUGCUUCUCUAAUAAUUACUUAUAUUGGGCUUCCAUAUUCACUUGGUUACUGAUCAAUUCACAAGGUUUUAUAGGAGCCGGUCUAGAUUUCUCUAGUCAACAACGUCUUAUGUGGUACAUUUUGUUUGUCGUGUAUGCACCCUACGCUAUGCUGCCGUUGCCUUUAAGAUGGUGCGUGCUUGCUGGUUAUGGGACAGCUUUAACUCACAUGGUGAUGGCAGGAAUAACUUUAUUACGAGAUCCCACAUAUCUGCAUGAUGUCACGUGCAUAGUUAGAAUGCUAACGACCAACGUCCUUCUUUAUCUUGCAAUGAAUCUAGCUGGCAUGUACACUAAGUAUUUGACAGAUAGAGGACAGAGACAGGCUUUCUUGGAGACGCACAGAUCUAUGGAGACCCGGCAACGAACUCAAAAUGAGAACAACCGACAAGAAAAAUUGCUUCUUUCUGUUUUACCAGAUUUCGUGGCUAAGGAAAUGAUUCGUGAUAUCGCUCGCGAAACAGCUCGAGGUGGAACGAUCUCCUUUACACCAAAUCAAUUUCACAGAAUAUACAUCCAUCGUUACGAGAAUGUUAGCAUACUCUUCGCUGACAUCAAAGGUUUCACCGCUUUAGCCAGUCAGUGUAGUGCUCAAGAGCUUGUGAAGGUGUUAAACGAUUUAUUCGCUCGUUUCGACAAACUCUCCGCGGAAAAUCAUUGUUUGCGUAUCAAGUUACUCGGGGAUUGUUAUUAUUGCAUUUCUGGACUGCCGACUGCCAGAAGCGAUCAUGCUCAUUGUUGCGUCGAAAUGGGGUUGCACAUGAUUAAAGCAAUUAGGGAUGUGCGAUAUACCACAAAGGUUGACCUGAACAUGAGAAUUGGAAUUCAUAGUGGCUCAGUACUGUGCGGCGUACUAGGACUACGAAAAUGGCAAUUCGAUGUUUGGUCCUACGAUGUAACAUUGGCUAAUCAUCUCGAGAGUGGAGGCAUACCCGGGAGGGUACAUAUCUCCGAAGACACUUUGAAUUGUUUGAAUGACGUAUACGAAGUGGAACCGGGAAACGGAACAGAAAGGGAUAAUUAUCUAAAAGAGAGGAAUGUGGUAACAUAUUUGAUCAAACAGGUGGAACCUCUAAGGUCAAGACGACGAUAUUCUUCGCGACCGAAAAUAUGGUCUGAGGACGAUACGAAUAAGAGUAAAAAGAGCUUCAAACUGAAUAACCCGUUAGCUGCAAAUAGCAGUGCACCGAAUUCCUCUGCGGACGAUGAUAUUGGCGUGGACUGGACACCGGAAAUACCGUUUGAAAAUCUGAAUACCGCGACGUCGGUCAGCAAUCUGGAAUCAGAAUACCUCGAGGAAGAGAAUGGUUCUGGGAAGAAGGCUGCAUCCCCCACAUCCGCUGAGAAGCUGAAGGCCGCAGGUCUUGAAACUGCGAGUAACAAGCGUAUGAGAUCGGCGAACAUAAACGCUUGGACUUUACGUUACAAUGAUGAAAGCCUAGAGUCAAAGUUUGGUCAAUUGCGCGAGGAUAUGUUUAAAUCUAACAUGAUUUGUUGCUUUGUCGUAUGGAUAUUUAUCGCGAUUUGUCAAGCAGUGAUAUUACCUGAUUGCAUUAUUCUUCUGCUUUCUCUACUAUUGACGACGCUCAUUCUGGUAGCAUCCUCCAUUCUAGUGAUGGCCGAGGAGUUCAAAACCUUACCAACAUAUCUCCAACACGCCUCUUCCAUGCUGGUUCACAAUAAGCAACACCGAACGGUCUUUAUAUGUAGCGUAAUCAGUUUGAUGGCUUUGACGUCGAUUGUCGGAGUUUUAGCAUGUCCAACGCCGAGUCGACGGUAUCCCGAGACUUUAGAGCUUCAACAGCAGCCGUUGAUGAAUCCAACGUUGCAACCAGAACGACUAAUAGCACCGAACGUUGGCAACGACCAAUUGAUCCUCACAUUCCUAGAAGCAGCCCUACGCAAUGACCCUUCAGAAGAACAGAAGGACGUUUCUUCGAAAGAGAAUCAAACUACGUCACACGGUUCUAACAGCGUUGAGAUGGAACUAACAAGAAUCGUCAACGAGAGGGCUAGUCUGGCGAAAGGUCGCAGGAGAAAAGAAUUCUUCAGGGGUGAUGUUGUCUCGAGAAAGAUAUUGUCAACGCUAAAAACGGAAUCACAAGCAGAACCUCUGUAUUCGAUGGAUUACGUCGAGGAGAUCAUUUUCGAGGCCACCUGCGUACGACCAGAGUACAUUGUGUUCACGUGGAUCUUAUGUCUGAUUGCGUUAGCCUCCGCUUUGAAAUUGUACUACUUAGUAAAAACAGCGUUGGCCACGAUCAUCGUGUCUGUUUACGCUGUAUUGAUUCUCGUAGUUUGUAAAGAUUUUUUUUCGAUUCCCGAUGAAAAAAAGGAUUCACCAUCUAUACCACUUUCGGCACAGAUGCUGACAUUUCUUUUAGUAUUUCUGGUGAUGGUUACGUAUCACGGCAGAUUAGUAGAAGUAACGUCUAGAUUAGAUUUCCUUUGGAAACAGCAAGCUGAAAGGGAACUAAGUGACAUGAUUGAAUCACGACAUAAUAACAUGCAAUUGUUGAAGAAUAUUUUGCCAGAUCACGUGGCUCAUCACUUUUUAACGCAAGACAGGGCGCCAGAGGAAUUGUAUUCUCAAUCACGUGACAAGGUUGGUGUAAUGUUCGCCAGCGUGCCAAAUUUCACAGAAUUUUAUUCGGAGGACGUUAACAAAGGAAUGGAAUGCAUACGUUUAUUAAAUGAAAUUAUUGCUGAUUUCGAUGAACUCUUGGAUGAAAAUCGAUUCCAUUGUAUUGAAAAGAUAAAAACAGUGGGAGCGACUUACAUGGCAGCUUCUGGUCUCAAUCCUUGUCAAAAUGAUAAAAACAAAGAUGACAUGGAGCAUCUAUGCAGAUUGGUGGAUUAUGCAGUAGCUAUGAGACUUCGUCUAGAAGACGUCAACAUACAUUCAUUUAAUAAUUUUGAUUUAAGAGUGGGAAUUAGCUGUGGUCCACUAGUAGGCGGUGUGAUUGGUGCUCGAAAGCCUGUGUUUGAUAUUUGGGGUAACACGGUGAAUUUGGCUUCUCGUAUGGAUUCCACAGGCGUUAUGGGAAAAAUACAAGUACCGCAGGAGAUUGCCAGGUUCUUGGAGUCGAGGGGAUAUCAGACUCAGAAAAGAGGACUUAUUGAAGUCAAGGGGAAAGGAACAAUGGAGACUUAUUUCGUAUUAGGCAAGGGAAGUAUGCAACAGGAAGGCACGAUCAAGCACACAGCAAGAUGCCGAAGCCUUGCAGCUGUUGUUUAUGGUGUUGUUCAAGCGCGUCGUAAGCAAAUGCGAGCACUUAGAAGGACAUAA